UGUACAGCACUGGGUGUGUGCCCAGAGCAGAGGAGGAGAGACCACGGUCGCUCACCAGUCUCCUGGGCUGUAGAGAAGACAGAAGCAACAUGAGCACUGCAGGAAAAGUGAUAAAGUGCAAAGCAGCUGUGCUGUGGGAAUACAAGAAACCCUUCUCCAUUGAAGAGGUGGAAGUUGCACCCCCAAAAGCCUAUGAAGUCCGUAUUAAGAUCGUGGCCACGGGAAUCUGUCGCUCUGAUGACCACGUGGUGAGCGGCAAUUUACACUCGCCUCUUCCUGUGAUUCUAGGCCAUGAGGCAGCUGGCAUCGUGGAGAGCAUUGGAGAAGGAGUGACUACCGUGAAACCAGGUGACAAAGUCAUCCCGCUCUUCAUACCCCAGUGUGGAAAGUGCAGGAUCUGUAAACACCCGGAGAGCAACUUCUGCAUGAAAGCCGAUCUGAGGAAGUAUCAGGGGACCUUGGUCGACGGCACCUGCAGGUUCACCUGCAGAGGGAAGCCCAUCCACCAUUUCUUGGGCACCAGCACCUUCUCCGAGUACACAGUGGUGGACGAGAUCUCGGUGGCGAAGAUCGAUGCCGCCUCGCCGCUGGAGAAAGUCUGCCUCAUCGGCUGCGGGUUCUCCACGGGCUAUGGCUCUGCAGUCAACGUGGGCAAGGUCACGCGGGGUUCCAUCUGUGCUGUCUUUGGCCUGGGAGGGGUUGGUCUGUCUGUCGUCAUUGGCUGUAAAGCAGCAGGAGCAGCCAGGAUCAUUGGUGUGGACAUCAACAAGGACAAAUUUGCCAAGGCCAAAGAGUUGGGUGCCACUGAGUGCAUCAACCCCCAAGACUAUGACAAGCCCAUCAAUCAGGUGCUGUACGAAAUGACUGACGGAGGUGUGGAUUUCUCCUUCGAAGUCAUUGGUCGGCUUGACACCAUGGUUUCUGCCCUGCUGUGCUGUCAAGACUCACAUGGUGUGAGCGUCAUUGUAGGGGUACCUCCUAAUGCCCAAAGCCUCUCAAUGAACCCCAUGGCUCUGCUGGCCGGACGUACCUGGAAAGGAGCUCUGUUUGGUGGCUAUAAGAGCAAAGAUUCUGUCCCCAAACUUGUGGCUGAUUUUAUGGCUAAGAAGUUUCCACUGGAACCAUUAAUAACCAACGUUUCUCCUUUUGCAAAAAUAAAUGAAGGAUUCGACCUUCUUCGUUCUGGGAAGAGUAUUCGCACAGUUCUGACAUUCUGAAAUUGUAUGGAUUCAUAUGGAUGCCUUUGCUGGAAGCCAGCUUCCCACUCGUCCUUCCCAGCCCACCCGGAGUACCUGCUAGAGGGCAUUGUUACUUCUGCUCCUUAGAAAUGCCAUCAAUAAAUGACUUGUGCAAG